GGGGUGGGGGCGCGCACCGCCCGGUUGGCGGCAGAGAGGGGGUGUGAGAGGGGUGCUGUAGGCCUGAACCUUUGCCGCGACCCGUCCGAACGCGCCUCACCGGGCUGCACCGCCCCGGGUCCGCCUUACCGCCUGUGGGACACGGGGGCGCGAUGGCUCCCCCCCGGAGAGGUGACCUGAGCCCAGAGGAGAAGGAUUUGCUGGGAGUGAUAGCUAGAGGAAACACUGAGGAGGCUGGAAGGCUACUAGGCAGCAAGAAUGUCCGUGUCAAUUGCUUGGAUGAGCAUGGCAUGACCCCUCUAAUGCACGCAGCCUACAAAGGGAAAGUAGACAUGUGCAGGUUGCUCUUGCGACAUGGAGCUGAUGUUAACUGCAAUGAACACGAGCAUGGAUAUACUGCCUUGAUGUUUGCUGGACUUUCAGGGAACAAAGAAAUCACCUGGAUGAUGUUAGAGGCUGGAGCAGAGACUGAUGUUGUCAACUCUGUGGGAAGGACAGCAGCUCAGAUGGCUGCUUUUGUGGGUCAACAUGACUGUGUGACUGUCAUCAACAAUUUCUUUCCCCGUGAAAGGCUGGACUACUAUACUAAACCACAAGGCUUAGAUAAAGAACCAAAACUGCCAGUAAAACUAGCUGGACCUCUACAUAAAAUUAUUACUACUACUAACAUGCAUCCUGUUAAGAUCGUGUUGCUGGUAAAAGAGAACCCUCUGUUGGCUGAAGCAGAAGCACUGCAGAAAUGUUACAGGGUUCUGGAUCUAAUUUGUGAGAAAUGCAUGAAGCAGAAAGACAUGAAUGAAGUACUUGCUAUGAAAAUGCACUACAUCAGCUGUAUGUUCCAGAAAUGUCUCAUGUUUUUAAAAGAGCGAGAAGAUAAACUAGAUGGAUUUAUCAAAAGUCUCUUGAAAGGGAGAGAUAAAGAUGGUUUCCCUGUCUAUCAAGAGAAGCUCAUUCGAGAAAGUAUCCGCAAGUUUCCUUACUGUGAAGCUACACUGCUGCAGCAGCUCGUGAGAAGUAUUGCUCCUGUCGAAAUAGGUUCUGAUCCUACUGCUUUCUCUGUACUUACACAAGCUAUUACUGGCCAAGUGGGAUUUGUGGAUGCUGAAUUCUGUACAACUUGUGGGGGAAAGGGAGCAAACAAAAGAUGUUCAGUAUGUAAAAUGGUGAUGUACUGCGACCAGAACUGCCAGAAAAUACACUGGUUUACCCACAAAAAAGUCUGUAAGACUCUGAAGGAAAUUCACGAGAAGCAAGAACUAGAAGCUGCCAAAGAAAAAAGGAAACUAGAAAAAAGGCAAAACAAAGAUGAAGUUCAACUAGUGGAGGGUAGUUCUACAAGUGAAGAACAGACAGACCCUGGUCCAGAUGCUACCAAAGCAGAUGCAAAUCACGCUACUGACCAAGCAGAACAACCUGAAUUUACCAAAGAGAUGGAGGCACCAGCCCUGCCCCCUGAAAGACCACUGGAAAGUGAGACUGACUUAGCUGACAUUGCCCUUCAGAAGAUUCAAGGUUCUGAGGAGUAAGAAGAGAAUAGGAAGGGAUUUAAAAGUUCUGGCUGUGACCCUGCACCACAGGGUCCGAAGGAAUUUGUUAGCUGCCCAUGUCUGAGUUCUUACAGCGUGGCUUACACAGGACCCCUUUGCAAGGCAACACGUCUCUGUUCAUCAUGAGGUGAAAUACUGGCUCAUUUGUCUAUUAAGUACUUCAGGCUCUGUUGUAGAUAGUCAAAAUAGGUAUUUAUUAUCUGAUUAAAAACUAGAGUGGCAUAGACCUACCUUGUGUGUAUACCAGUAGUAAGCAUAGUAAAACUCUAUGAGUAUCUGUGGUUAAUCAACCACUUAGUGAAAAAUAAAAAGCAUUUUAUUUGGAUUAUUCGUGUUUUCAGACACUAAAAUUUAUUUUAAUUGUAAUUUAAAUAUUUUUCCUCAAAGUACACAGAACUUCGCUUAAAAGUAUUGGGAAGCCAAUUGUUAAAUUUCUUUUUUACACCACUUCGUGAAGCUUUAUGUGAAGGAUUCAGUAGCAGUUCAGUUUCUGAAGAGGCUCAUCUGAAUUCCUAACUGUUCAUGACUAAAUAUUUUUGACUAGUGAGUGCACAACAAGUAGUGUCUGUUUGGGGGCAAAUUUAUUAAAUGGCAGUGCUGUUUCAGGUAUCUCAAGCUGACUGUUAAAUGUGAGUUUCAACAGAAUUAUCUCACUAGUGGCUUGAUCAGAAAUAUUCCAGGUUUAUCAAAGUCUAACAAAGGGAAGAUCAGAAUGACUUAAAAUGUUUGGACUGACAAGAAUCAUGGCUUCUACGUCUCAGCUUUCAGGUAAAGAUGCCUUAGAACACACUGGAAUUGCUUAUUUCUUAGAUACAGAAGAUGCUUGAUAUUAGUAUUUAAUAAUGUUCAUGCUGAACCUGGUCUUGGUGAAUUACAUAAAAAAUUCAUGUGUGCAUCGACACAACCGGAACUGAUUUCACUUAGGCUUUCAACUAAAUACUGCCUCUAGAAAAUAGCUUCCCCUAACUGCGCUGUUUUCACUCAGAUUUCUUAUAUGAAAUCAGUGGGAAUGCCACAACCAAAGGUAUCGCUUCCUGCAUAAGGAUGGCAACAUUUGAGAUUCUCUGAUUGUUGGAUGAGUUAACUGGUAUUUUGAACAUGGCAGUAUUCUUCAACUUACAGGAAUAAGGACCAUUCUCAAAGCAGAGAAAAAAUGCUAUUAAUUUUGUACUAUUUAAUAUAUUGAAAACUGUGAGAGUGAGGAUACAUAAAUGCAUCUGUGCAGGCAGUGCACCUGUGUUUUAAUUUCAAGGAUUAGAAAAUUGUGAAUAAUAAAGGGAAAGUUUUUAAAAGAA